UGGGCGUCGGACAGCUGGCGUGCAGGCCCCGAACUGCAGCCAUGGCAGCUACAAGUCCGUGCGUCGACGGGGGGCCCUGCUGUUCUCGCCCCGGUGCCGUGCCCGGCGUGCAGCAGACGCUGGAGGAGAUGGACUUCGAGAGGGGAAUCUGGUCAGCAGCCCUGAACGGAGACCUGGGCCGAGUAAAGUACUUCAUCCAGAAAGCCACGGACCCAAGUCAGCCCGACUCUGCCGGUUACACUGCUCUGCACUAUGCCAGUCGCAACGGACACUAUGCUGUGUGUCAGUUCCUGCUGGAGAGUGGGGCCAAGUGUGACGCGCAGACCCACGGGGGCACCACUGCACUGCACCGGGCCAGCUACUGCGGGCACACCGAGAUCGCACGGCUGCUGCUGUCCUAUGGCUCCAACCCCAGGCUGGUAGACGAUGACGGCAUGACCAGUCUUCAUAAGGCCGCAGAGAAUGGCCACGUAGACAUCUGCUCCAUGCUGCUGCAGCACAGCCCAGCCCUGAAGGCUGUCCGGGACCGGAAAGCACGGCUGGCGUGUGACCUGCUGCCUCGCAACAGCGACCUGCGGGACCUGCUGGCCAGCUGAGCUGCCACCCUACGGGUCAGGCUGCCCUGGAAGGUUUCACUGACUCACUGUCUUUGACCCUGCCCUUGCCCUAGAUGCCCCCAAGCCUCAGGGAGGGGAACUGAGGCCAGAAGAGCCCCAUUGUGCCCCAGCAGAA